AUGACAGAUUAUGGUUUGAAUAAUUUUCACCAACAUCAAACACAAAACAGCCAUGACAAUACUGAUUUAAACAAAAUCUCAUUAUUCUAUUCCUUACAAUUACCAGAAGAAUUGUACAAUUAUAAAUUUAAUUUUUUAAAUUUACAAUAUGGUUGGCUGCAAAUGUUAUUUACAAAAGAUUCACAUCAUGCAUGGUUAUUUUUAUCAUGUUAUCAUAUUGUCUAUAUGAAACAUUUGGCUUUCUUUACAUCAAUCACUGAUUAUCUGACAAGUAUUUGCAAUGUGAAUGAACAAACUACUUAUAGAAAUAAUAGUAAUAACGUACGUUGGUUUACUACUACUACUACUACUACUAGUACUUACACUGGAAGUAUCAAUUAUACACAAUUAAUGUACAAUUAUGAUGAACAUCGUAAUUCUAAGCGUAGUAGUUUACAAUCAUCAUUGGGUUAUAUGAAAAUGUCUUGUUCUUGGCAAUCGGGUAAAAAUAUCUAUUUGGUACAAUACACAAAUCCCAAAGGAGGAUCAAUAUAUCAAUGUAUUAAAUUUGAACCGAUCAAUAAACUUGAAUCAGUCUCAGUUUUUAAUCUAUUUUUAAGUGAAUAUACCUCGUCUACAGCUGACUUGGCACUGUGUCAUCCUUCAGCGUUUAAACAUGAUUCAUCAAAGUGGAUUGCUACUUUAUCACCAAACACAGAAUUCAGCAGAUCACUAUGCCCAAUAUCAGGUGGAUUUCAAAUAAGCCAAAUAUUAGAUUUAAAAAAUUCUAAAGUCUUGUGUGAACCUGAUGUUUACUCGACUUUGGAAAGUGAAUGUAUAUUAGGUGAAGGUAUUUUAUGGACAUUCUUACAACCUCAUUGUAAUCCGUUUGUGCAAAAUUACAUUACUCAAUUUCAAUGUCAUUCAAUGUGGAAAAGUCGUAAUUUGAACUAUGUUCUCAUUUAUCGACAAAUAAAUCAGUUUACUUAUGAAUUUUAUCAAUUGGUUUAUGUACAAUUACCAGUUGAAUUAUCAACAGAAUCAAAAGUUUAUGGAAAAUUUUCACCGAUAUGGAUAAUUUAUGGUUUACAAUUGGAUAAAACUAUUGAACAAUUAAUAAUUAGUCGUAGUUAUUAUACAUGGAAUUCCACUGAACUCUACAAACCUAAAACAAAAAAUGUUUUUUUACAUAAUAUAAAUUCUAAAUUAUAUGAAUUGCAAAUUCGCAGAGCAUUUGGAAAUUGUGAUGAUGAACGUGUCAGUUGUAUUCAUGGUUGUGAAUUUAAUGCCAGAAAUCAAUUUUUUUGUCAUAGAAGUUGUCUAGUUCCUGGACGUACAUGUGAUAAUAUAAAUCAUGAUUCGUGUAAAUUCCAUACAAAUUAUCAAGGUACGUGGGAUCUUAUUGAACCAAGUUCAAUACAAGAAUCAAUUGGUUAUGAACAUCCAAGCAGUCGUUUAAUAGCACAAUUUUCUAUUCAAAACAAUAGAUUAUUCAUAUCUUCAAUGACUGACACAUCAUUCACUAUGAAUUUGUAUUGUGUUAAAGAAAUGCAAGAAUCACUUUAUGAUCGUUAUAUUAUAAGAAGUGAUUAUCAGCCAAAUGGAUGUCAUUCCAGAGAUUUGUGUUUAGAAGUCUAUCGUGGUAAUAAAAACGAUUUCGAGCCGUCAUCAAGUGUCAAUUCAAUACUUUAUAGAAUGUCUUUCGCUGGAAAACAUCUAUCAACAGAUUUUUGUCAAUUCAAUGAUGAUAACCUAAUAUCCGGUCAUACAAUUUAUCCACUGAGAGCGAAUAUAUUAAUCCGAAAUACAGUUGAUAAAAAUACUUUUACUCCGACUAGUACUACAAAGUGUGGACUAUAUCAAAUACGCCUUACUGGUACAUUGUUUAUUCUGAAACCAGAAUCAACUUAUUUCGGUGGUCAUGGAUAUUUGUUAAAUGUAACAAACAAACAAGCCAUUAGUAAUCGUCUAGGAGAAAAAGAUCAUACGGUAUAUAUGAAUGGCAGAUUAAUGAAUUUAAACCAAAACGAUGAUGUUGAUGAAGAUGAUAAUGAUGAAGAUAGAAGCUAUCAACGACCAUGUUCAAUAGAGAUUAGUGAUUUCAAUCCAAAUCUCGGUAUAACUGGUGAAUUCGAUAAUAUACUAAGAAUUGCGCAUGAUUGUGAAUCGACCAUUUAUCCAAGUAUAUUUAAAUCAAAUCAUCAAUGUAUUGCAUCGUUUGAUAUUGAUGGAAUUUCAACUAUUUCUACAUCUUAUUUACUACUCAUCACAUAUCUUAAUAUUACAGAUCAGUAUUAUUGUUUAGUAAGUGAAAUUUGUCAAUGA